CUUCUCAAAUGACCUGCCAUUCCUCCGACUCCGCUGAAACGAUCGAGAACGAGAGGGGAUCAGAGACCGAAUCUGGAGUGGUAGAUUCCGAUCAUAACAGAAUCGCUGCCGCGGUGAGGGAUCUGAAAAAGACAGGUUGGUACUGGGGCCGCCUGACGGCCAAUGAAGCCAAGCGGAUCCUCCAGAACACGCCCGAGGGCACGUUCCUGUUGCGGGACAGCUCCCAACGGGACUACCUCUUCACCAUCUCGGCCGUCACCUCCGCGGGCCCCACCAACCUGCGCAUCGAGUACCGAGACGGCCAGUUCAAGCUGGACUCGGUGCUGCUGAUGAACCCGCAGCUGAAGCGUUUCGACAGCGUGGUGCACCUGGUGGAACACUACGUCCUCCUGUCCCGGACCUUGGGCAGGGGCGCCGCCGCCGCCGCCAAGCCCUCCCCGUCCCCGUCCCCGGCCCCGCCCCCCUCCUCGUCCCCGGCCCCGCCCAACGGCGCCGUGCGGCUGCUCAUGACCACGCCCGUCUACGCGGCCGUGCCCUCCCUGCAGCACCUCUGCCGCGUGUCCAUCAACAGGGCCAGCGCGCGGGUGCGAGACCUGCCCCUGCCCGGCAGGCUCCGGGACUACCUGACGGAUUACGCGUACCACGUGUGACGGGUGCGUGAAGGUCGCGAGGCGCGGUCCUCCCCCCCCCCAGACCCAAGGGACCGUAGUUGCAUGACAGACUGCCUCCCCCGUUGGGUAUGCCUGUGUGUGCACUGUGUUCCACACAAGAUGAGUGGGGGGGAAAAAGCCCUGUCAUUUUUCCUGUUUUAUUUCCAUUUUAAAUGGUAAUUCUAUUCGGGUCAAUGUUUUUCCAGGCAGGUUUGAAAGUGGAUUUAUGAAAUUAACCAUGAGCAAUAUUCAGAGCCCCUCUUCCCCCUGGCUGAUCUUGCUUGACAGACUUUAUUGAAAGAAUCCAGUAGUAGAAAAGGUGUGGCGUAGCAGUAAACUCCUGUCCAGCACUGUUCUGAUAAAAGGUCAUGACUUUUGCACCCCCCCCCCGCCCCACACACACACACUCUUUGUCCCCUGCUACUGUCAAGCACAACAGAUCUGGCAUUUAUUGUGAAUUAUUUUAGCUUUUGGUAAAUAUUGGGCCUUAUGGUGUUAGCACUGAUUCACAGAGCAUAGGGAGUAACUUGGCUGGUUGAUUAUCUUGCCCAUUUUUUAAAACCGUUAUAUCCAAUGCAAUACUCUGAAUGCUAUACACAUGUAUAGACAUGAAAUUCUACACACUGCAGCUCUGUUUUAGAUGAGCUACAUUUGAGUUCUUGCUCUGAUCCUCUCUAAAUGACCAAAUUCUAUGCUGUGCAUAAAAUAUCCACCGGGUGGCACCAUAGCCUUAAUUUACGGGUCAUUGCAUAAUAUUUGGCUUUCUAAAAAGACAUGAAUUAAUGGUUAAGUUUAAAAAAUAUAUAUCUCUGUGGAUGUUGUAUGUAUUUAUUCAAAGAUCUUUGGGUCUUUUUUUAAAAAAGAAUGUUUUUUUUUUAUAAGCCAAAUUAUAAUUAUUACUCCCACUUCUCUGAAAGUAAUUCCAUCCAUGUUGUAGCAUUGAGGAUUUUUUAAAUGUUUGCUGUCUCUAGACUGUUUUGCUUCACAUGGCUAACUGUCAUGCCAGGGCAGGUGCAAAUGACUGCAGCACAGUUAUGCCAGUUAUCCUGAAGAUGGAUGCAGCCUGUGAUCCCACCAACUGCCAAAAAAAAAAAAUAAUAAUAAUGGGUGAGAAAUGUCAAA